AUGCCAAAUUAUUUACCAUUAAAGAAUUCUACAGUUAAAGUAGAAAGUCAAAUUAAAUAUUCAUAUGAAGAAACAGAUGGUACAAUAAAUUCAAAAUUUUCAGUAUAUCCAAAAGAUAUAAAACCUGAAUAUGUUUCAUUUAUUGAAUGUGGAGGUUUAUUUGAAGAAAUUGAUGAUAAAUUAUGGUUAACUGAUGAUGAAUUAUAUUGGUUAAAAUUAAGAGAUUAUGAUGAUUCUGAAACAAUUUUAACUUGUCCCUUAAAUCAUCCUCCAAAAAAUUUUACAAGCGAUAUUAACUGGAAUUAUAUUGCAAAUUUUAAAAGAAAAUAUAGGAUUCUUAGGAUAUUUGGUGAAGAUUCAGAUCAAUAUAGAGAAUAUUUAGCAAAAUUUGGUGAAUACUUGGAAAUAUUUGAGCAGGAAAAUGAAAAAUUUAGAGAAUGGCUUAUGAAAUUAAAAGCUCCAAGGGAACCAAAUUGUUCUUAA